GUCAAGAAAGCCUUGUCUUGACGUCUGAGGGGCUCCGCGUUGCCUUAGUUGUGCGUGAGGCGCCAAGGGGUUCGGCGACGGACAGCUCCCGAGACGCCCAGCGCCACUUCCGAGUUCCAACCUCGAGGUUCCAACAGCAGAGUCUGACGGGCCUGAGACCCACAGAGGAGGGCUGUCCCGGGCAGCAUUCAGCACCUUGGGCUCAGCUGUGCUGCGUGUGUCCCAUCAACUGUCUGCGAAGUCGUUGUUUCGGCCCCAGAGACGCCCAUUCCGGUGUAUCCGGUGUGACUUUGCGCGUCUGCGUGAGUUGGUGAAGUUUGUCGAGUGUCCCGAUGAAGCUGCAGCCGCGCAAGGAGCGCGAGAGAGCCUUGGAGAGGAUCCGUAAGCCAACCUGGGCCGGUGACUGCAUGCGCAUGGGGUGUAUGCUUCUUUAUCCUUGCACGCAUGCAGAUGAGGUGAUUCUGUUGUACCACAAGCCGGCGCCCACGCCCUCCACCAUCCCAAAGGAUCAGACGUACUUCAACAGUAAGUGCGCCCACAGCCCUUCUCACCAGCCAUGAGCACAUGCUGUGUGUCUGUGUUUGUGUGUGCGUGGUUGGCUGCUGGUCAGGUGUUGUGAUCAAGCAGGAGCCGGUUGACGACGACUAUUUGCCUCCCGUCCACCACGCCCCUCCCCAGCCCAAGCCCAAGCCCACGCCAAGGCCCAAGAAGGCCAGCAAGCCCGCUGCGGUCAAGAAGCCGAUAGUCAAGAAGACAGGCGCCGCCAAGAAGAAGCCAGCCCCGCGCAGACACGUCACAUCAGCGCAGCGCAAGCAGGAGCGUGCUUCGAGCCCGCGGGCCCGAAGGGUGUCGACCUCGUCUGCCAAGAAGAGCAAGAGCGUGCCAGCCAAGAAGGUCGCCCCCAAGAAGCCGAAGGCCAUGCCGACGGUGCGUGUCAAGCAGGAAGAUGAGGACGAGCAGCCCAACAUUGCCGUGGGGGCGGGGGCUCAGCCGGCAGCUGCGGCUGCGGUGCCGUCAUCGGGUGGCGGGGGGCUGUUUGGGUUUGUCAAGGGGCUGUUUGGGGUGCGGGGGUGA